UAAUAAACAAAAAAUCAGAAUCGUGCAAAAAACUCUCUCUAUCUCAUUGUAUCGCUCUCAGAACAGCACAUACAUAGGCAAAAACCACAUGCUGCUAUUAAUGUUUAUUGUUAUUUUCUCCAUUACAACGUAUUUAUGUAUGUAUGUCUGUUUGUUCAACAUUUGUGGAGCUCUUGGGUUUCCUUGUUUGCACUCUCUCUCGCUCGCAGAGUAUACAUUUUCUGUUUUGUUAUUUGACGCUCUCUCAACCACUGUUGUUGAUUAAUGAGAGCAACAACGGAUACGUAAUGUGCAGAAAGAAUUUUUCCAGGGGGUAUUUUAUCUUCAACAAAUCUCGCAAAAAUUUUCAGUUUCAUCUGAGACGUGCGGUUAAACGGUCAAAAAAAAAAAUAGCCAAGAAAAAUAGUGGAAAAUUGUUGGAAAAUAAAAAAAAUUGUAAAUUUAUUUUACUGGAAUUAUAUUGAAUGUCUAAAUUUAACAACAAACAAAAAAUAGAAAACAUAAUGUGUUGAUUUUCUUGGUAUUAGAAAAAAUAGUGCUCCUUUUAAACAAUAUUAAAUUAAAUGUUCUGAUGUGUGCUAACUAAAUUAAGUGCGAUUUCAUGUUACACGGGUGUUAGUUAAAAUUAUCCCACAAAAACACAUACACACACACACGAAUAACGGGAGUAUUUACUUUAAUAACGAUAAUAUCAAGUGAAUGUGUGUGUAAGCGCAACAUUUUGUGUGUGAGCGUUUGUUUGUUUUUUCUUUCGCUUGCUUGCAAGGAAGAAAUUAAAAAAAAGGAACAUAAAAAUAAGCUUAAGAGGAAUAAAACAAGAAAAAUCCUCAAAGAAAUCCUUUGAGACUUUGCAUCCUGUGCUGCUGGCUGCUCAAUACAAUGCCUAUGCGGGUGGCUAAGUAAAACAAAAGAGAAACCCAAAAAAAAGAAACCUUAGCUUCCCACCAUAAAUUACUUCCACAAAGUGUGUGUGUGUAUGUGUGUGCAUCUGAACAAUGCCAACGUGCGUUUGUUUGUGUCAGUGCGUGCGUAAUUUUGUUUAAAUAAUUUUCUUACGUUUUUUUCUCUUGUUUAACCGAACAAUUGCAAAAAACAAGCGAGAAUAACUAAAAGAAAAUAAAUGUGCUUUCAUUUGCUGCCGCUGCCAUAGAAUUCAAAUUUCACACGCAGCCCAAAGCACAAGUUGUGAACAAAACCCAAAUAACUUCCGUUUCCGGCAGACGUUGUUAUUUUCAUUUCAAGUGUAAUCGUCGGUGCUGUGACAGUGGCUGCCACUUCAAUUGUUACUCGCUGUUGCCGCUGCUACCGCUACGACUAAUUAGUCUUCAAGUCUGGAUUCCAUUGCCACUUAUCAUAGAAUGACACGCGUAAGGCGUAUUGUGUCGGAAAAACAGCCAUAAUGAGCGUAAAAGGAUCACAAAACUUGGAGCAAAGAACAAGUUCAACUAAAUGAAUGCAUCAUUAGAGACAGCAAAUACGUUACGACUCGUUACGCUCGAACCACAACAUUUUUAUUUGCAAUGACAGCGCCACAGUCUUGGCUGCUCAACAACUGAGACAGAGACAUUGAGCAACGAAAAAAAAAAACGGAAAACCCAAAAAAAGCUUAAAGUUGUGUUUGCCAAUUGAAUGAGAAAGGACAAUUUUCCACAAACUUAAAAAGGCUGUGAGUGAAAAAAAAACAAACUGUGUUAAUUGCUUGCAACUCAAGCCACAACUUCGAGCAAAAACACGCACCUGGCUGCUUGGAAAUAAAAAAAAAAAACAACGAGAAAACACUCUCCCCACAAUAAUUUUCUAAAAUCAAGUCAAGGCCUUGCCAAAAACGCAAAUUUACAACCAACGACGUCUGCCAGCACCCAUGUAAGUGUGUAUGUGUGUGUGUACUUGUCUGAGUAAGAUCUUAGCAGGCCGCCACUUGUUUAAGUACACUCACAACAACCAACAUCACAUCUGUCUGCCUGUAAUACACACUACAAGGAUGCACUUCCUUCAAAGGGUAUGAAUGGAAGAGUAGAGAAUAUUUUUUAACUACUGCAAAGCUUACUUUUCUAGAAUAAACAGUAGCAGCAACAAAGACUACAACAACAGUAACGAACAUUUUUUAUAAUGAUGCCAACAUACGCUAUUAACCCUAAUGCAGCAACAACCCCAUCGUCGUCAUCAUCAUUUGCUGCAUAAAAGUUCGGAUAUGUAGACAACAGCAGCUGUUGGUUGUAACAAAUUUUCUUCAAGUGGUUGAAUACAACAUUCCAACCCCAACAGAGAACAGCAACAGCACUAACAACAACAACAUCAAUUUGACUUGUAAAACGAGCCUGAUACUUAACACUGAACAAAGGUUGCAAGGACAAGGUCCCGCACUCGCAUAAAACAGUAAAAAAAUAUACAACAACCUUUCACAUGUGGGUGCAUUUGUCUGUGUGCAAAAUUCACUUCAAUUAGAAAAAAGCAACGGCACAAAAAACAGAAUCCACGAAGAAAAAGAAACGAAUAAACCUGCAAAGAAUUUAAGGAUCUCCAUCACCCCCCAGCAACAACAUAUGCAAAAAGUCUGUCUUGUCUGACUGCCUGCUGUUUGGCACUACGUUGCAGCAAUUCGAAUUUGAAUUCUCUCUCGAGCAGACAAUCUGCCAGUCUCUACCCGCGUCUCUAGCAAAUAAUACACAGACGACAUGCCCGAACAGGAUAAUUACGAUGAUGAGCUGGUCUCCAGUAAUCCAAAUCAAAGGAAUUGGCGUGGGAUACUCAUUGCACUGCUGGUCAUAACAAUAGUUUUAGCUUUAAUUGUAACAUCUGUGGUACUGCUCACACCACCCGACGAGGGUCCUAGAGUCAAAGGCCAGCGUCUCAAGUUACAGGAAAUCGUUGAUGGCGCAUUCAUGCCCCAGAGAUCCAAUGGCACCUGGAUAAAUGAAGAAGAAUUCCUUUAUCAGGAUCAUUGGGGACGCAUUUGUCUUUUGAAUGUUGCCAAUCUAACAGAACGUGUCUUAAUGUCAAAUGUUACAUUUAAAACUUUAGCGCCGUACUCUUUUAGCAUUUCGGCGGAUAAACGAUAUUUGAUGGUGUCGCAAAAUGUUAUCAAAUUGUUCCGCCACUCAUUUUUGGCUCAAUACACACUGUUUGACAUUCAAACGAGUGAAAGUCUCAAAUUGAAAAUCGAUGGCAGUGACGAUGAAUGGCCCUAUUUGCACUUCGCUCGCUUCACGCCCCACAACAAUGCCAUCGUUUUAGUUUACAAUUACGACAUUUACUACUGCCAGGGGGCGCGGUCGCAAUUUGUGCAUCGCAUCACUCGCGAUGCCAUACCGGGUGUAGUCUUCAACGGCAUACCCGACUGGUUGUAUGAAGAAGAAAUCCUAAAUACCAAUAAUGCAAUUUGGCUAUCACACGAUGGCCAUAUGAUGUUGUACGGCUCGUUCAAUGAUUCCCUGGUACAAGAACAACAUUUCGCCUGGUAUGGCACCACCAGCAGUAAUGGUCGAAGUCCAUCGGCCACCUCUUCAGGUGCUGGCAGUCAUCCAAAUGCUAAUUUAUAUCCGGAAAUACGUUCAUUGCGAUACCCCAAACCAGGAACACAAAAUCCCACCAUAACUUUACGCGUGGUUGAUCUAAAAGAUCCGGAAAAAUUACACAGGGAUGUUCAGCCGCCAAAUGUACUUCAAAACGAAGAGUUCUAUUUCACCAGCGCCAGUUGGGUUAGUGAAUCGGAAAUAAGCGUGGUAUGGUUAAAUCGACCACAAAAUAUUUCCGUUGUAAGCGUUUGCAAGGCUCCCAUGUUUGUGUGUGUAGAGACACAUCGUGUUAGCGGCGAUGGUCGUGGCUGGGUUGAUACGGUCUCUGUGCCAUUAUUCGCUGCCGAUGGCACAUCCUACAUCUCCAUAUCGCCAUUGCGUGAUGGCAAUUCGGGAUACUUCCGUCAUAUCGUGCAUGUCCAUGUGGCCAGAAAGCGUGUCUUACCGCUGACACAUGGCCAAUAUGAGGUGAAGCAACUGCUGCACUGGGAUCAAGUUAACAACUGGAUAUAUUUCCUUGGAGUACCCGAAAGAUUACCCUCCCAACAACAUUUGUAUAGAGUGUUGGCAUUGCCACCGCGACAUGGCUCUGCCUUGCAUGCUCCCGAAUGUAUAACCUGUCCGACACCCAAGAAUGCCGACGGUUCCUAUAAUUAUGAGGCCCACACAAAACCACCACCAAAAUUGGUUACAGCCUGGGAUGAUGACUGGGAAAAUUCCGAAGAAACUCCGGCAGUGGCUAGCCCAGCCUUGCCGUUGGAACAAAAACAUCCCAAAGCGGCCAAAAUUGCCGAGGCGGCCAGUGAGUGUUUGUAUCACAAUGCCAAAUUUCCACCCAGUUAUCAGGCGAAAUUUGUGCUAAUCGAUUGUUUGGGUCCUGUGGUGCCCACUUCCAGCAUUUACAUCUUAAAUUCAGGCACAACAGAACAUCAAAACACCAACAACAAUAAUGGUCAGAACAAUGGAAACGCCAAACCACGCCUGCCCUUAGAACUGUUGGUGACAAUACAAAACAAUACCCGUCUAAAGGAGAAAAUGGCGCGCACAGCCAUGCCACAAGUCAAAACAUUCCCCGUCAUGAUCUCGGGAGGCUAUCAUGCCCAAGUAAGACUUUACUUGCCACCGGUUCUGCGGGAAGAUGAAAUCACCAAAUAUCCUACAAUUCUGCAUGUCUAUUCGGGGCCCGGUACCCAGUUGGUGACAGAUAAAUGGCAUGUGGACUGGAAUACCUACUUGGCGGGUAACAAAGAUUACAUUGUCAUUGAAAUUGAUGGACGAGGUUCAUCGGGGCAGGGUUAUCAGUUGCUGCACGAGGUCUACAAGAGAUUGGGUACCGUUGAGGUGUCCGAUCAAUUGGAGGUCAGUGAAUAUCUGAGGGAUAAUUUGCACUUCAUUGAUGGUCGGCGCAUGGGUGUUUGGGGUUGGAGUUAUGGCGGCUAUACUGCGGCCUUGGCUCUGGCGGGUACUCAAUCCAUUUUCCAGUGUGGCAUUAGUGUUAGUCCGGUUACCAAUUGGAAGUUAUAUGAUUCCACAUAUGCCGAACGGUAUUUAAGUUUUCCCAAUGUUACCGACAACUACAAGGGCUAUGAAGAAGGUGAUCUCUCAAAAUAUGUAGACAAUUUGCGGGACAAACAAUUCCUUUUGAUUCACGGCACAGCCGAUGACAAUGUUCAUGUGCAACAAUCCAUGGUCCUGGCUCGGGCCCUGACCAACAAAGGUGUCCUCUACAAACAGCAAAUUUAUCCCGACGAAGGCCAUCAACUGUCGGGUGUCAAGCGACAUCUGUAUCGUUCCAUGACUGCUUUCUAUGAGGAAUGUUUUAAGAAAUUGGUCCCACCUGAAUCAAAGGCCGGCCUGGGAAAUGGUGGUGAUAAUCAACCGCAAUAAAUCUUUCGAUAAGGAACAACUUGGAGCUGGAGCCAAGUGAAGGUUGCACCCACCAAAACUUCAAUUUAUUAUGAAAUUUGUGUUAUAACAAAUGAAAGGACAAGAACAACAGCAACCAUGGAAAACAUGAGCCAGCCAGACCAGACCUGAACUUAUCAAAUUUUGAAUUGAAAUAACGAAAGCUGAAACUGUAAUCAAAUCGGUGAAAAUUAGCUAUUAGCAGCAGCAGCAGCAAGCCAAACACAGCCUCCAUUAAGAAUGUGAAAACAAUAUAUGGUUGUGAAUAUUUCGAACAAGCACCUAAAAAUAUGCAACAAUUAUAUAUAUACAAACACAAACCAUUAACAACCAAAUAACAACUAAAAGCAUCCAGAAUAAUGACAAAAAACACACGCACGCACACAUCCAUGACGACAACGACAACAGUUGCCUGUCGGGCGUUGAAUUGCAGCAGCAAUGGAAAGUCAUGAAGCCAAAACGACAACGGCAGCACCAGCACCAGCAGCCACCACACUUAGGGUAAUACCAAAAUGAAAAUGAUAUUAAAAAAAUCCAUUAACAUGAAUUGAAUAUUACCACAAAAUGUGAACAGUAAAAUAAUGGCGAACACAAAGCUAAAUUCAAUUAAAACAAUAACCAGGUCAUGCAAUACAGUGGAUACACUUUUCGAGGUAAUUUGAAACAAAUUUAAAAAUUUCCUAAUUUUUAUCUGCUAGAGAGAAGGGUCUCCAAUGAAAAAAAAAUAUAUGUAAAACUUUUAAGCACACGGGGUGAGAUAAAAAAACUACAACAAAGUCAAGCGCCAUAAUUUUAAUAUAUAUUUAAAUUUUAUUGAAUAAAAGCAGAAAAUGUCGGUAAUAGCAUCAAAUUUUAGAAUAAGUUUAGAUUUGUUCGAAUUGAUCACCUUUGGCAUGAAUUAUGGCCUUCAAACUGCCAAUGAAACUGUCACACGCUGCCCAAAUGUUGCUCUGCGGUAUUUUGGGCCGUUCCCGGCGAAGCGCAUGCUUGAGGUGAUCGCCACUUUGGUAUUUUUUAGUGCCAACCUUGCUUUACAAAAUACUCCAGACACAAUAGUCCGACGGAUUGGUAUCCGGAGAUUUUGGUGGCCAUUGUGCGCUGGAAAUGAAGCGAGGAACCUCAUUUUGUAACCAUUCUUGGGUGGCGCGUGCUGAGUGCGAUGGUGCUGAGUCCUGUUGAAAUGUCCAAGGUCUGCGGCCAAAAUGUUUGCGUGCACAAGGCUUUUAUACACCCUCCAGAAUAUUUUCGCGAUAAUAUUCGGCAUUUAUUCUGAUGCCACGGUCAAUUAAUACGAGCGGAGAUCGACCAUCGGCUGUUAUGGCGGCCCACACCAUCACCAUAGCCGGCGCUUGAGUUCUGGUAGCCAACUGAAGGUGCCUAAUUCCAGCUAACCUCUUUGGCAAGUAAACACGAUCAAUUUGAUUGUUUAAAAACUGCUAGACAACGAAUUUUUUCUCAUCGAAGAUAACCAAAUUCGGCAGUGUACCACUUUCGGCCAAGCGAAGCAACUCUUUAGCUCUUUUGAGUCUAUUUUCUUUCGGUUGCGGUGUAAGUUCUUGCACUUUUUGGAAUUUCAAUGGCUUUGCCCGAGCUCAUUUUUCAAUAUAUGCCGAAUGGAAUAUUGCGAUAUGUUCAGCUCACGACAUGUUCUUUUGUCGGCCACUGAAACGCGGUUUUCGAUCAAGUCGCUUAUUUAAUUUUCGAACCAUUUCUGCUGAUGUUGUUUCUUUCUUUCUUCCGCUGUAUCACGGUAACGAGCGAUGGUACGAGACACAAAAGAUUUAUUCACAUUUAAAUGCUGGAGUGCUCUAACGAUAGCCACUUUCGUUUUCUAGCCAAAUAUAAAGAAAUCGCACUAUCACGCUUGAAUUCCAUUACGAAUAACUUUUUUUUCUGGAAAAUUCUCGCCAAAAUGCUUUUGUACGCUUGUAAACAAUAUAAUGAGCUGUCACUGGAAUAAUUUUAAUAGCUGUCGGACGAGUGGCUUAAAAAUGAGAGCAGUCUGAAGUUGGUUGCAUUUUUUCAUCUCACCCUGUAUAUGUAAUAUCUUAUCCAAAUAUCACAAUUCAGUGCAAUGGAGUCCAUAAAUUCAAGCCUAAGUUUUUUCACAUCCUAAUUGUUCAAAAUUGGUUUAUUUCGAGUCUAUCACAGUACAAUAAAUGAGUAUUUUCCAUUUCAAAUCUACAUUUAAAUAAAUUUCACAAGGUUAUUCUAAAUCCUUUGACUACCUUCAAUUUUCCUUCCUCUGAUGUAUACCCGCCAUUCAAUUUCGGAACGGAUCCACUGUAUCUGAAACGGCUGCGUGCGUGCUCCUAUAUGUGUGUGUAUGCGUAAUAGAAAAAAACAAUAAGCAAAUGCAAACAUUAAGUGCAAUAAAUAAUCAAAAUGAAAUAGCAACAGGACAUUUCCACAAAAACCUCCAGUUUGUAUGUCACAGAAUAAUCUCCAUAACCACAUCCCUCAAAGGAAAAAUAAAAUAAAAAAUAAACAUCCACACACACACUUUGUUUUACACAAAAUGUAAAACAAUUAGAACAGUUAUUAAAAUUGAAAUAAAAACUAAUUUAUAUAUAACUGACAAUUACAACCAAAACAUUGCUUGUUUGCUAUGUAUGUAAGUUCGAUUCGAUAAUUUAGAAGAGUUCAAUGUUUUCUUCGGUUCUCCUAUAACAAAACAAAAAAUACAACAAAACCACAAAGGAAUUAGCUUUAAUCAGUAUUCGAAACAAAAUUUAAAAUAAAAAAAAAAAUGUGAAACUAUAAAUGCAAUAAUAAAUUAAAUCUAGAAAUGAAAACCAAAAUAGAUUAUUGCCAUAAAUAGACAGCAAAUAUUUGGUAAAUUAUUUGUUCGCCCAAAAAAAAAAAAUAAUAAUAAAAUAAAAUUGAUAAAAAUUAUUUUUUUUCCUUCCCCAAAUAUAAUUAAUUAUAUUAUUAUGAAUAUCAAUUAGUACAAAUUGCUCCAAUUGUUUUAAUUAAUUUAAUUUGUAUCUAGUGCAAAAUCCCAAUUAAUAAUACUCUACAUAAAUUAAAGAAGAUCAAGAAAAACAAAUUCUGAACCCCAAUAACAAUACCCUUCUCAGAAAAAUUAAAACGGAACAGAAAUACAACGUAGACUAAACUUAAAGCAAAAGAUUUAAUUCAUUAAAAAAAAAAAAACUUUUAGAAAUAUAUUAUUAUAUGUCUGUCCUAAAAUCAUACCCCUCUUUUCCUUAAAAAAGGUUAGCCUGGAAGUAUGCAAGAAAUUAUUGAAAGUUAUGGUUUUACUAUUUAAUGCAAGAAGAUAUUGGACUGAUAAAACAUUUUUUGGGUAAUUUGCAGUUUACAGAAAACAAUGCGAUCCUUUUAAUCUUUCAACUGCCCGAAUAUAUGCUACAGAAAUGAAGGCAAAUAUUUGAUCCGAUUUGCUUGAUUUUACUCGCAUGUGAAAAAUACUCGCUUACCUUCUGCCCGAAGAGUGAGAAGUAUUCUCUUUUAUGAGGCAAACGCUUGACUGUACUCCUGUUUGACAAGGAACGGAGCCCGUCGAAAUUCUCUUAUUUGGAGUAUGAUUUUACUUUAAGAGUGAAAUCGAAAAUAAAUGUAUUUUAUGCUGCUUUGUGUGAUCUGAUGCUUUUUUCCUUUUGCAGCUGUGGUUUGAGAAAAUACACGUUCAUAUAAAUAAAACAAUCGUAUGACAAAUACUAAAAGAGUUAUCAAUGUGUUUGAUUUCUCUUUCGAGACGAGCUUAAUGAUCUGAAAUUUGCAGUGAAAAGGAAAGCCAGAUAGACACUAUCACACACUCACCACUAUGCGACGCGUUUCGCCGUUGGUUAAGCGGCUCAUCAGGCAUAUUUGGUGUGGAUGGUGGCAUACAAGGGCCGUUCUCUGGAAAGUAGUAUAUAUUUCGAACUAAUUGCAAAUUAGCAUAUGCGAAUUAUACACUAGAAACUCUUCAGGUUCGACUCAGGUUCUAUUGGCAGAUCUUUUUCACAGCAAAGUUUUUGUUUUUGUAGUGAUGGAUUUUUUGUCCACAACAACUACAUUGCUUCCAAUGCAUACACUUGUUUUAGUGCUGCCCAUUAACCCGUCUUCCUGAGUCGACCCUGGAGAGUUUCUAGUGUAAAAUUCGCAUAUGCUAAUUUGCAAUAAGUUCGAAAUAUAUACUACUUUCCAGAGAACGGCCCUUGUAAGCCAUCAUCCACACCAAAUAUGCCUGAUGAGCCGCUUAACCAACGGCGAAAUGCGUCGCAUAGUGGUGAGUGUGUGAUAGUGUCUAUCUGGCUUUCUUUUUCACUGCAAAUUUCAGAUCAUUAAGCUCGUCUCGAAAGAGAAAUCAAACACAUAAAUCAUAAAACAUAUGAUCUUCGCCUUAAUAAGGCAAAACUCAAGAGUUAUCUACAAGAGUAAAAUAUGCUCGAUUUCGAGCGAAAUAUAUUUUCGAGUGGCAUUUAAUAAUGGAGUAUAGUCGAUUUCGAAUGAGUACUCCCACUCGAAUUCGAGAGUGUAAAAUUCGCUUUCGGGGCUCUCCUGCAAGCUCAAAUCAAGCAAUAAUGCAUUUUUCAAAAUCAAUGAUUUUUACUUAACAUUGCCAUACUUUUACAAGGAUAGCACAUUUCUCAAUGGAGGUUGUACAAGAGGAACACUGUUGAUAUUUUCCGUAAAAUUUGUUAAAGUUCUCUCCAACUUAUUUUGUCUUAUUCCAAUUUAUUCGUCUUUUGUUCGCCAUGGAACACUCUCAUUUCCCCUUCCCAUUCAAUUAAAUGAAAUACAUGUUCCAGCGUUUGUCACGUUUCCAUAUGGCCAUUCAGACAUAUUUUAAUAAUAUGAAACACACUUGGCUUUGAGCACUCCUAAGUAUAUAUAUUAAGAAAUAAUAAAUUAAUUUUAUCAGAUGAAAGACGUACACAUAUAUGUACAUGUGUAUGUAUUUCCAUUAAAAAAAAAACCAAAAAUCGAUUGAUGCUUAGAUAAUUUUAACCCCAAUCUAAAACAGCUUAAUUCUCUAUGGCUCUAUUUAAUUUAUGUUGGCAGGUCUUGACUUUGUUUUAACCUUUUUUGUGUUUGUGUGUUUUGGCACAAAGGACAUUUGUCUUGCCUUUUAUUCAACACCAUUGGCUGGUUACUGGUGGCUAAAUAGUUUAGUUGUCCUCCAUUCAAGAGUGGUUGCUUACCAAUGUUAAGACUUAAUUGUCAUUAGCCUUUUGCUCCUUUUUGAUAUACGCUCAUUCAGCUACGCACACACAUAUACACCAACUAACGUUUUCGAAUACAAAAACAUACUCAAAUCUUUUGUUAGAUACCCAGUCAGACAAGUGGUCUUAUGCUAUGACCUCAUAUUGGAAUAUGUGUGAAAAAGAAGACAAAAUAAACAUUAAAUCAGGCGAUAAGGAGGUUAGUGGUCUCGAAUGGAAUUCAGCCUUUUUCUGUGGUGCAACAUCUACAAAAAAAACAAAUGGGGAGUAGAUAAAUUUGGAAAAAGUUGUGCUUGAUUAAUGAUACGACUCGUAUUGAACUUACAGAGACUGGAGUGGGUUGAAAAUUUAAUCAGAUGCUCCAAGAUGUUAAGUCCUUGACUUAUUUCUUACUCUUUUUUUAGGUUGCUUCUUGAAUUAUCACCCUUUCUUCUUACUAUUUCUAUACAACAUUUCAAUAUAUUUGAUUGCAUACUUUUAGGCCUACAAUUUUCAGCUCAGAAAUUUGUAUAAACAAAACUAUUUUAUUAUUUGAAUUGCAAAUAAAAUAUCCUAGAUCUGAUACUACAACGUUUUAUAGUAGCAUUGUAAGGACCAAUUAUAAAAAAAAAUUGUAACGCAUUACCAUUUAGAGUAGCAACUAAUUAGAGAUUCAAAAAUGUUAUCGAUCAACAUUGUAAGAAUAAUUAAUAGCGGAAAUCUGUAUUUAAAAUUAACUUCUCAUAUUAAAUCUGUAAUAUACAUAUAUUUUCAGAAUACCAAAAACUUUAAAACUAAACUUUCUAGCUACACUUAAGGUGUGAGCACAUGUCAAAUUAUAAGGAAAAAACGACGGCAGAAUUCGAGUGCGGCUUUUGCAUCCCUAUAUAUGUCAUAUAUAUGUCACAAAAUAUGCCAUGCGAAGACUUUAAUCUGCUUAUGUACUCACACCCUUAUGGUCUGUUUUUUGUAUGACGAUUAAAAAGAGACCCAUUCCUUCUAAAUUUUGAAUUUUUAUUUAAAUUAAAAAUAUGCUCUUGGCAUUUGUGUUUUACUUUCGAAUUGUCAUACAGAAAAGGGCCCUUACUUUCCACGUUCAAAAAGAAAAACUUACAAACAAGCCUUAAAAAUAUUGUAUUUGUUAAUAAGAAAGAAAAAAUACACACAAUAAUUGUAAAUAUUGUUAUGUUUAAUUUUUUGAAUUGCGUUAACAACUAAAUUAGAAAUUGCGAAAACUAAAACGCCCUUUGUAUAGAUAAAAUCUCUUUAUAAAACCCCUUACAUAAAUAUAAACAUAUAAACUUUGUGAUCUGCAAUACUUGAGAAUUAAAUUUAAAAAUAAAAAUCACUUCCGAAAAAUCCCUUAGAAACUUAACUCUAUACCAAAAAAAAAAUACAUUUAAUUUUUGAAAAUUUAAUAAUUAUUAUAGUAAUAAUUAAAAACUAAUAUUAAUAAAUUCAUUAAAUAUAACUAAAACAAAACAGACGUUAGCGUUAAAAUUAUUAAUAAUAAAAAGAAAUACCUAAAUAUUAGAGCAUUUAAUGAAAUGGAAUUAUAAUUAAAAAAAUAUUAUC